AGGGGGGCUGUUUGUGCUGCUGGAACUGCCUUUCAUCCUUCCCUUUGCCACCAGCAUAUUGGCUGGUUCCUGGAGCAGCGUCUUCACUCCUAUCUGGCUCUUAACACUGACUUUUAUUUUCUAAGGCUGGGGCCACAUCAAGACGCAACCAGGCUGAUGACCAUACCUGCCCUUCAAUGCUACCCCUUCCUGUUCUUAAAACUGGGACUUGAACCUGACUAUGCCUGAGACCCUUUGAACACACACAGAAUCUUGGGCUCAUGGCUCCUCACCCCAGGUGACACCUGGGGGGAAGAUGGGUUCCAGUUAAGGCAGGACACUGCUAGAAGGGUUGUUGAUAAGAGUCUGAGCUAGCUGGAUACCUCAUUCUCUGCUGAGCCAACUCUCCGCCCUGGGCAACUUCCAUGGAGAAACGCCCUUGUCAGUAGACCGCAUUCAUGGCAUGUGGCCAAGCUCCUGGAGGGAUGCCCUGAAGCGGCCACCACCAUGCAUUUUCCUUCUGAGGCCUUCAGCUUAUCCUGGCAUUCAGGUUGCAACACUGGGUAAGUCUGGAGCCUUCUCCUCAAGUGACGUGUGUGCACAGUGGUGUCCUCUCUCCCGGCACUGCAGCACUGAGAAAAGCAGCUCCAUUGGCAGCAUGGAAAGCCUGGAGCAAUCAGGCCAAGCCACCUAUGAGGGCCACCUCUUGCCCAUUGAACAAAAUAUGUAUCCUAACCAGCGUGACUCAGCCUACAGCUCCUUCUCAGCUAGCUCAAAUGCCUCUGACUGUGCUCUUUCCCUCAGGCCAGAGGAGGCAGCCCCUACAGAAUGCAUCAUGCAGGGUUUAGCGCCAGCUAAGCCUCCCACUGCCCAGGCUAAUGCAUCUGAGACCUCAGGAGGUAGCCAGCACACCAACACUGGCCACCUAUCUCCCAGCUCCCAGAUGCCAUUCCACACACAGGGGAGCUACUCAGAGCCUGCCAAGACAGUCAGGGGCCCUCCACAACCUCCAGUGAGGCGAGAUAGCCUCCAGGCCUCCAAAGCCCAGGUCCUCAAUGGAGAACAGCGCAAAACAUCUGAGCCUACAGACUCCUUGCAACAGAAAGAGAAAACAAACUUAGACACAGUCUUAUCCCCAAGGAACCCUCACAGGUUCUGCUGUCUCAGUGGGCAAGACCAUGUAACAAGCAAGGAGCAUCAAAUCUGUGAGCUCAGUCAGCCUUCUGAAUGUAGCCAGCAGGGCUCUGAGCAGGUCCUCAUGGAGGCUUCUCUCAAAACCUGUGACAAAACUUCUAGCAGAGAUCCCAGCCUCCUCGAUGAGACACCAGCAGAGCUAACUAAGGCUUCAUCCUUUGGCAGCCCUCCACACCUCACAGGACCCACAGGACAUCGCCAUAGUGCCCCUGAACAGCUAUUGGUAUCCCAUCUACAGCAUGUGCACCUGGGUCCCAGAGGUAGCGCGGGGUUGGAACGCCCAGCUGUACAGGAUGCACACCAGUGGACUCUGUCCCCUUUGCACAGCAGCCACAGAGGGAAGAAAGGCUCCUGUUCCCCUACAGGAGGUUCCCAGGAUCAUCUCAGCAGAGAAAGAAAGGCCAGGCCAAUGGAUGAUAGGCCUUUGAAUUCAGGAUUCCAGACCCAAAGCAGUUCUCCACAUAGAGAGGCUGAUGGAUGCCCACCAGAAAGAGGAUUCCUGGACACAAGCAGAGCAGGCAGUGACUUGGUCAGGCAGCAGCCUGCUGCCUCUUGCUCUCUCUUUCAACAAACCAAAGACUGCCCUUCAGCCACUAAAGUAGAUGACAGCACAGAAGUGAUAGGGGAAGGAGACAGUGAACCCAAGGAGUGUAGUCAGAUGGGUGGUAGACAAAGCAGAGGCCUCCGGGGCCGCUCGAUCCAAAACCGAAGGAAGAGUGAACGUUUUGCUACCAGUCUGCGUAAUGAAAUUCAGAGGCGGAAGGCCCAGCUUCAGAAGAGCAAGGGUCCUUUGUCACAGCUGUGUGACCCUCAGGAACCAGUGCAAGAAACUCAAGAGCUUCCCGAAAAUCCUCCACUUCCUGCUCCUAAUUCAUCACUUCUAUCUUCAUAUAAAAGUCCCCCUAGCCCCAGAGAUAAGCUUUUCAACAAAAGCAUGAUAUUCAGGGCUAGGUCUUCAGAGUGCCUUAGCCAAGGUCCUGAGAGCCAUGAAUCUAGGACAGGCUUGGAGGAACAAAUAAACCCUGGCCGGAGGUCUGGCCAGUCCUCCAUGGGCCUGAACACCUGUUGGAAAGCAUCUGACCCAUCCAUCUCAGACUCUGAAAGAGGGACUGCUUACCAUGGCAUCCGUGGAGGUAAUCGAGGAUGGUCUCUAGAGCAUAAUCUACCCCCACGUGUGGCCUUAGCCAUGGAAGGCCCUUCCAACUCAUGUGACAAUAAGGAACUGAAGACUUCUAUUACUCAAGCUGGGGAAGAAACCACCCUCUUGCCCUUUGCAGACAGAAGAAAGUUCUUUGAAGAGAGCAGCAAAUCCUUAUCCACAUCUCAUUUGCCAAGUUUAACUACUCAUAGUAAUAAGACAUUUACCCAGAGACCAAAACCUAUGGACCAAAACUUCCAGUCAAUGAAUGCCAGCUAUAGGGAAUUGAGGUGCUGUCCUGUUGACCAAUCAUAUUAUUCUACAGAUCAACCACAUCAUGCCACAGAUCAAUCAUAUCAUUCCAUGCCACCCCUUCAGUCAGAAACUCCCACUUACUCAGAAUGCUUUGUAAACAAAGGUCUAGAAAAUUCUUUAUGUUGUAAGCCACUGCACUGCAGUGAUUUUGAUUGCCGCAGGACCUGCUCUUACUCCUGCAGUGUUCAGGGAGCCAUGGUCCAUGAUACUUGCAUUUAUUGUUCUGGAGAAAUCUGCCCUGGCUUGUUAAAAAGAAAUAUGAUGCCCAACUGCUACAACUGCAGGUGCCACCACCACCAGUGCAUGCGGUGUGCAGCUUGCUGUCAUAAUCCUCAGCACAGCACCCUUGAGGAGAGCAGCUUGGCAUCUGGCAAUGCUUGGGAAUCCAGGAAGCCAAUGGUGCAGGAAUUUCCUGAGGACAAAUGGAAACCAAUUAUCGGAAACAAGAAGACUGGCCAGUUGGGGAGGGAAAUAGCUCACUCCAAGGCCAACUUUCCAUGGGCAACUCCUUUCCAUUCCUGCCUUGAGAACCCAGCACUGGACUUAAGCCACCGAGCAAUUUCUUCUCUUGACCUCCUUGGAGACUCCAGACAUGCCUUGAAAAAAACAGAAGAAAUUUCAGUUUAUGAGGAAGAGAACUCCUUUGCCUCCAUGCCUCGUCCACUGCGUAGCCGUGCCUUCUCAGAAAGUCACAUCAGCUUGGAGCCUCAGAAUACCCAGGCUUGGGUGCAGCGUCGGAGGGAGCUGUUUACCAAAGGCGAUGGAGCACAUCCUGAUCCUACUGGAGCCAAGAAAAAGGCCUUUCCUCCUCCUCGCCCUCCUCCUCCCAACUGGGAAAAGUACAGGCUCUUUCGGGCAGCCCAACAGCAAAAACAACAGCAACAGCAACAGCAACAGCAACAGCAGCGACAACAGCAGCAACAGCAGCAAGAAGAGGAUGAAGAAGAGGUACAGGAGGAAGACGAGGGAGAAGAGGAAGCAGAAGAUUUACCACCUCAGUAUUUUAGUUCAGAAACCAUUGGUACCUGUGCUCUCAAUCCUAAAGAAGUCGUGGAACAGCCACAACCUCUGAGCCUCGACCACUUGGAGGCCUCAAGGCAGAGUUCACAAAGCAUCUCAGACCAAGAGUCCUUAUGUCUCCAUUCCAGUGAUUUCCUGCCUGCAGUAAGGAGCCACCUAGGAUCUCACUCCGAGCAGGCACAGCCCCCUUUCUAUUAUGGCAUUGGUGGACUUUGGAAGACAUCAGAACGGGAAGCCACUGAUUCCCCCAAAUCAGAAGCAUCACUGGCAGAGGAGUCCAAACCCAAGCCACCAUGGAGCCAGAGCUUCUUCUUUCCUGAGGAUAAAUUCUCUUUCAUGGGAUGGGGCUCCGAGAAACAAUUCCUUGGCCCUGCAGACUUCGGUGAACCCAAGGCAACAAGGCAAGAGUUUCAGCACUUCUCACCUCCUCCAGGGACUCAAGGAAUCCCUACCUCUUACUCAGCUUAUUACAAUAUUUCUGUGGCCAAGGCAGAGCUUCUGAACAAGUUGAAAGACCAACCAGAGAUAGCAGAAAUUGGCCUCGGUGAGGAGGAAGUUGACUAUGAACUAGCUCAAAAAAAGAUACAGCUUAUCGAAAGCAUUGGCCGAAAACUUUCUGUCCUAAGGGAAGCCCAGCGAGGGCUGCUAGAGGAUAUCAGUGCCAAUUCAGCCCUUGGAGAGGAGGUGGAAUCCAAUUUAAAAGCUGUCUGCAAAUCCAAUGAGUUUGAAAAAUAUCGCUUGUUUAUCGGGGAUCUGGAUAAAGUUGUUAACCUGUUGUUGUCACUCUCCGGACGACUGGCACGGGUGGAGAAUGCUCUUAACAGCAUCGAUUCAGAAGCCAACCAGGAGAAGUUGGUGCUGAUAGAGAAGAAGCAGCAGCUGACAGGCCAGUUGGCAGAUGCCAAGGAGCUGAAAGAACAUGUGGAUCGUCGGGAGAAGUUGGUGUUUGACAUGGUCUCCCGCUAUCUGCCUCAGGACCAGCUCCAAGAUUACCAGCACUUUGUCAAGAUGAAAUCUGCUCUCAUCAUUGAACAAAGAGAACUGGAAGAAAAGAUCAAGCUUGGGGAAGAGCAGCUCAAAUGUCUCAGGGAGAGCCUACUCCUGGGUCCCAGUAAUUUCUAAAUCACCAGCAGUCUGCCACACCAUCCCUGACCAGCCACAGUGGAAAUGUUUUCAUCUUCAGUAUCAGUUUGCUAGCAAGUAGAUAGCAAUUAGUUAGCAGUUUGUUCCAAUCCUAUUACCCUGGACAUUUCUCACUGCUCCUUCCCUAGAAGUGGUCCCAAUCAGCAAGGAUAUCCUAAGUACCAACCUUCUACCUAAGGAAGCUGCAGCAAGAUGUGAUCAACACAAGAGUAUUCUCCUUCCCACAGUGUGUGUGGGCAAGCAUCAAACUGCUUAUAGAACUGAAAAAGUGCCUUCCUUCUUCUUUGUAGUAGGAUACUAAAGACAUCUUGAACCCUAAACCACACCAUAAUGGUUUUUUUUUUUUUUUUUUUUUUUUUUAAGGAUCAGAGAAAAGCUAUCCAUGCAGCUCCUUUAUGCCCCAGGGUUUGUGGCCCUGGCCAUUUGCUAUGGAGAUCUGCCUGCCUUGAGGGCAUUCAUUUACCAGCAGUUUCAAGGGACUCACUCAAGCUUUGCAGUGGGACACACAAAAGGAGCUAUUACACACAAGAGAAUGUGAGUGAAGGUCAGGUAUCCCCAGGUGACUCUCAGGAAAAAGCCAGGCUUAAACAAGUUUGUUGUACUUCUACUUUCCCCAGUAGCUGGUUAACAGGAAAGAAGCCUGCUUACAGCCUUGGCUAGUGUACCUUCCUCCUUCCCUAAGACUGGGUCUGCCACCUUAUAUUUCAUCUUGCUCUCGCAUUGUUGGGAGUUAAAGGUUCCCACUUUAAUGCUUCACACUGUAGGUCCUUAAUAGCUCUAUUAUAGCUCACUUCAGGAUAUAUAUUUCAUUAUUGGUGGGGAAGUUCUUAUUAUUAUAUUUUAAAUGGCCUUUUAAUUUUAUUUAUUUUCAUGUUUUGAUUGAUUUCUUUUUCUUUUUUAACUAGUAAGGUGGAGGAGGGAAGUUGGAGAGGGAAAAGUUAGCCCAGGAAAGCAUUUUCUGCAGAUCAGCCUGAAUCCACCAUGGCUAGGUAAGCAUAUGCUGAAGCAUUCCGUCCUUCCCACUAUAGCUACAAGUGUUUAAGAAAGAUGAUCUUGAGUUUAUAGCUUCCCUAUCAUGACCAGGCUGCUUUCUUCCCUUGAGGUUUGAAUGACUGUGAGCUUACUGUUCCACAGCAGCAUUAAACUUUUUCUUAUCUUUUUUAAGCCAAAGAAAUCUCCUGAAACUGACAAAAGUCACCCAUUUUUCUAAUGGCUUCAAGUCACAAAUGAAUAGAGAUAUGUUCAGGACAUGCUUCUCUAUUAACUGAUUUUCAGCCUAUGGUCUGGCUCAGGGAACCAGAACUUUGAUAGCCAGGAGUUGCAACAAAGUCCAGCUCCGCAGAACAAACUAUGAUCCAGUCAAUAUCUUGGCAUGCAGCACCCACUCCUUAGUUUGAGGGAUAUGUUACAAGACCCUCAGGGGGACACCAGAAACCAUAUAUACACUGUGCCUUUUCUUCCAUGCUCUGUAGCAAUGCCACAUAGAGGUAGGGUUAAUUAGUCUUCCCAUGUUCUGUGUUCUGGUGCCUCUUUUGAUUUAUUACUCUUGUGCUUUAGAGUCAUUAUUGUUAAGAAGGGUUACUUGGGCACAAGUACUAUACACUGUAGUACUGCAAAAGCCAGUCUGAUAAUUGAGAUGUCUACUAAGUGACAAAAGGGUGGGAAACUUACACGACUUGGAUAUGUUGGACAAAAGGAAGAUUCAUAUCCCUGACUGGGAUGGAGCUUAAUGGAACUAGAUUUCAUCAUACUACUCAGAAUGACACACAAGUUAAACUUAUGAGUUGUUUAUGUUUGGAAUUUUCCAUUUAAUCAUUUUGGACCAUGGUUGACAAUAGGUAACUGAAAUUGCAGAAGAUGGAAAUGCAGAUUAAGGGGAGACUACUGUACAAAGAAUCCAAGCUAGUGCUGUUUCCAAGGCCCUGACUGGUAGCCAGCUUAUAUUCUCCCCCAGUGGACAAUGGCAGAAAAGAAGUUGUAACCAAACCCUGCCCUGUUACCUGGCUCAGUUCACUGUGACUUGCUGAUUGGCAUCAAACUUUCAUGUCAUACAAUCCACCUAAGCCCAGUCUACCAAAGCCCUAGCAUCACUUGUAAAGCGGAGUUCCUCAAGAUGCUUGGAGGUUGACUGUAGUAAUGGAGGUACCUCAUUCAACCAAAGAAAUCACCAAGGAACUUUGUUGCUGCCAUAGAUUCGAGUCACAGGCUUCCAUUUCCUCUUCACUGUAUCUGAAAACAAUGGAAGAAUCUUAGCCAGCAGGGUGUAUGUGGGAGGGGGACCCCUUGUGUGAGGCCUUGGCUGUGCUAUUAGUACUGCUGCUAGAUAUGAGAACCACUGUUAAUGUCACCCCACCAUUCUGCCCUCUAGUGGAAGAUUCUUCCCUUAUCAAGAAGGCUGAUGGCUUAUGAAUGGCUAGGUUUACUCAACUGAAGGUUGAGCAAUGAGGAAAGUGCUUUGAAAAAAGGUGAUAGUUGCCACCAUUUUUUUUUUAAACAAGGCUUAGAGACAAACAAAAGCAAAUUGAAAUGUCUUUUACUGGAGGUGCGAUGAGGUGAAUGCAUUCCAGUAUUCUAACAGAUUUUCGAGACUAUGGGGCGUGGGCAAAGAAUGAUCACUUACCUAGAGACUAUGACCACAUUAUGGAUUUUUCUAGACAUUGUUAAACUAAUUAUACCUAAGAUAGGUGAUAUCAAAAUUACUAUUAACUGUCAUUUUCGCCCCUCAUCUCACUUCAGAUUAGUUUCUAUAAUUGGAGUCAAUAUAUAAGGACGCUCAUUUUCACUUGGAAAAACAGUUUUAAAAAUUUAACUCCAAACUAUACUGAGCAGCAAUGCCCUGUAAACAAAAGUGAACUACUAAACAGACAUUGGCAUGCCAACUCUUGCUGUGGCAGUCCUGUAUAAUAGUACUACACAAUUGCCAGAAUUGUCACUUCCCUAUCCUCAAUUUCUGGGCUAUUCCUCUUCCAAAGCUUUUAGGGCACAGAAGUUUGGAAGGCAAGUGAACAAAACUUGCCAUAGACAUUUAUUGGUUUCAACAUGUACUUUGUUCCUUCAAAUACUUGCAGAGGUCUCAGAGGGUAAGAUGUAAGCAGGGUGGUGAAUAGUUAGAAAGGAAUCAGUGCAAGUGUUCCUGUCACAUGUCCUCUCUUUCUUCCCUCAUCCCCAGAGACUCAGCCAGGAUAUAGAAAUAAAUGCCCCAGUGGAAGUCAAGAUGAGACAAAGACACUAAAAAUAAAGCCCAAGUAAGGAAGAGCUUAGAAGCAGAGAAAAGGUGAAAAGAUACAAUGCCUCUUUCCAAAGUUAGGUUCAUACUCUAUUUUACAUUUAACCUCAUGUUAAAUGUGCCCCCAAGAAAUGCUUCCCAGGGUCACUAGAGUCACAUCCUCAAUCCCAGCCUCCAUGAAGGUGCUGCUUUGCCAGUAGCAGACCCCAGAUGGAAGAAGCUGGGCACAGUUAUGGAGACUUCCACUACCCAUCUGGAACUUUGGCAACUCCUACUGUCUUUGCCAGAGAAAUUGUCUAUGCCAGUGAUGUUUCUGUAACAACACAUUAUAUUAUUUGAAGAUUAGUAGACCUUUAAGGGGGGACAGGAAUAUUUUGUUUAGAUAAAGAACCAGUGUUUGUUGUACAACUGUGGGGGGGUCACCCAUCUAUCCCAUGUAAAGCUAUUAUUUUUUCUGAAUCUUAUUGUUUCUAUAUUUGUGUCCUCCACCACUCCCUUCUUGGCUGAUAUAACUAUAUAUCUGCCAAAUUGUCACCAAGGGUCAUAUUUCAAUAAAAGGUGCUAAGGACAAAAAUAA